AUAUAUCUCACUUUGCGGGUAGAAGCAAAAAGCAAACUGGGGUUAUUUGAAACCUGUACUAUUAAAGUUUACAAAAUUAUAAUAUUAAUAUAGCUAGCUUAUGUUUUGAACAGGUAUGCUACACCCCAAGCCCUGGAUCUGCUUUACACUUUGACAUUUUAAAACAAACUAUUUGCAAAAAACUUCUAUAUACCUAUAUCUCCAAGACCAAAAAUACAAAAGAGCUGUUUGUAUGACUGUUGUUAAUUAGUAAGAGUGUAGAGUCUAAACUCCAUACUCUUAUCUAUUUCAUAUAAGACAUUCAAUACUAAAAGCCUGUGUGUGUGCGAUUUUCUAAUCUAUGCUAUUGAAAUACCACACUGUAUUAUCAAAACAUCUGCACCCAGAAUGCACCUGUGUAAACACCUGGAACCUGUUAGAUCCCAGAUAAAUCUGAGCUGACGUAAAUUACUCUAAUUAUAUACUCGGCACUAUAUAAUGUGAUGUGCAGAUAAUGUGUUGUAGGCUACAUGCGCUCCCAGACAAAGAUCACGCAGUCCUCACUGAACGAACGGGCAGCCGAUGGUUCCAGGCCUCCCAUUGGCUUAGCAGUACGUCACUCUCCUGCGAUUUACGGUAGGUUGCAGAGCAGGGGAAGUGUUGACUGUGGUUCAUAGGGCAGCACACAGCAGCGUACGCCGCCGGCGACAUCAAUGGUGGAGUACGCGUCCAUUGAGGGAGAGGUCUGACAGAGACCGCUGCUGGGGGUUACAUGGAGAGCUGAAAGUAAAUAUGAGGCUAACGUCCUUAAUGAUGUACACAUCCUCGGCUCUCAUAUUUAUUUUGUAUGUAUAUAUUGGAUUUUCUGAAGCGGCUCCGCGCAUCAGUCCUUACGAUGCGUUGCCUGUCUCCGGGAAGCCCGGCUCAGCCUCCGACGCCCGGGAGACCUUCCACGCCGACACGCCUCGCACAUUCCGCGAACCCGCUCCCGGGCCUCUAACCGACCUCACACCGCCGCCUGCUAUUGUUUCCCCCGGCCCGAGCACCACCACCACUAGCCCUGCGACUAAAGCUGCAACCACGGACCCGAGCGCCACCUCCGCUUUCACCACUACCGCCGCCCCCGAGCCCGGAAUUAUUGCAUCCGUCAGGGGGCAAAUAACCAGAUUAACCAGCGCCCGCAAAAGAUCCACCGAUGCACAAACGUCACUUUUCUCCCCGGAGAAAAUGCUGCAGACCAUGGGGUCCAUGGUGUCCCAGCGCACGGCCAACGACGCCUGGGCAGCAGAUCCCAUCGGCGCAUCUGUUACCUCGGUAGAGAACAGUCAAGCAGAGGCUCUUUGUAACUGCAGCAGUGGCGGUGAGGGGAUUCUGGACCCGGACGAUUGUGACCUGAGUACCGGUCAGUGUUCCUGCAUUUCGGGCUACAGCGGCCUUCAGUGUGAGGACUGUGAGGAAGAACACUUCACCAACGGCACCAGCGGCUGCCUGCCCUGCGCCUGCGACUCCUCCGGCGCAGUGAACCUCCUGUGUGACAGCUCGGGGAUAUGUGUGUGCAAGACGGGAGUGUACGGACCUAAGUGUGACGAAUGCCACCCGGGUUUCCACCACUUUAGCAGCACCGGCUGCCGGCCCUGCCAGUGUCAGAACCACACCAACUACUGCCACCCGCAGUCCGGAGUGUGUCUGAACUGUGAAGGCAACACCCAGGGAGCCAACUGUGAGGAGUGUAAGCCUGGAUUCUACCGCAGCCCCGGGGCCCCCCCGACCCAGGCCUGCGCACCGUGUCCCUGCUCCACCGCCACCUCCACCGGGCCCUGUCACAGCGAUCCCAGUGGCUCCCCAGCAUGUGACCAGUGCCUCCCCCGGUACAGCGGCCUGCUGUGUGACCAGUGCAGCGCCGGCUUCUACAAAGCAUCUGGGGUAUGUGUACCAUGUGACUGCAACGGGAACGCCGACCCUCAGGGCCCCCCCCAGGUCUGUCACCCCGACACUGGCCAGUGUCUCCGAUGCAUCAACAACACCAGCGGCCCCCAGUGCCAGCACUGUGCUCCGGGCUUCGUGGGGGACGCACAAGCCCACAACUGCACCCGCCCAACACCUCGGCUUCUGCCCACACCAGCACACACGACCACAUCGGAGACGGCCACUUUGAGUACAUUGUCCCCGCCCACGACAGCCACCACUUUGACCUCCACCACAGCCUCCAACGCCAGCACGGCGCUGAGCACUGCUGCCACCACCCAGGCGCUGUUGAGCAGCCCGAGCAGCCCCACCGACAACACCACAGCCGCCCUGACGGAGGUCUCCUGGACUCAGUUCAACAUCAUCAUUCUGGCCGUCAUCAUACUGGUGGUGCUGGUGCUGCUGGGUUUCGUCGGAGGCGUGUACACCUACCGGGAGUACCAGAACCGCAAACUCAACGCCCCCUUCUGGACCAUUGAACUGAAAGAGGACAACAUCAGCUUCAGCAGCUACCACGACAGCAUCCCCAACGCCGACGUGUCGGGCCUGCUGGAGGACGAAGCCAAUGAGGUGGCGCCCAACGGCCAGCUGGCGCUCACCACGCAGGGCAACUGCUACAAGGCUUAGCGCCCCAUCCACCCCCGAACUUUACCGCUGACACACAGCUGAUGGAAAGAACCAAAUCCAAAUCUCCUUCAUGUCUGCCUGCUUGUCGUUAUCCUGCUGGUCUGCGGCUCUUCCCAGCACAGUGCAAUCUAGCUGAUUGGAUCAAUGAUGUGGAAAAGAGAUGCAGUUUCCACUACCAACGUUUUCCCUCUUUGAUAUGAUUUUGCGUGGGAUGGAUGAUCAGUGAAAAGGGUCCAGAGAAGAACCGUGUUGGGUGGGGUUGUGGCUGCAGAGAGUGUGCACACCAGUGAGGUCAUCGACCUAAUCCCGACACUGGUUAGAGGACUUACAGGAGCCGAGCAUUUUGAGAUAUUUUUAAAAAAUGGACUCUCGACUGUUUAAGUUAUAACUGGGUCACCUGAACAGUAAUCCAAAACUGAGACAAUGAUUGUUAUUUAAUGCAUUUUUAUUCCAUUCUUAUUUAUUGGUUGACGUUGCAUUCUUGGGAGAAAUGCUGCACAUGUAUGGUGUUUUUAUUUAUGGUGUUUGAUCUUAUGUGCUGUCCAAUGGUAAUUUGAAUUGCCCAAUAUGUUUCCAUGUAUAGUUUGGUGUGUUUGGGAGAGAAUUGUAGGGGAAGAUUAAGGGGGCUGACAAAGCAUUUGAUUGACCUCAUCUUUUGUUUAUAGCUUCCUGUCUUUUGUCAAAGCGUGCCAACUCACUCACGAGUUUUUAUGAGGAGUGUUUGUUUUUGAUGCAACUGCCGUUCAAAAAAGUCACCACCUAGCACUACUGCACCGGAGUGACUCACAUAAAACACCAUAAUCACCUUGGGAUCUAAUCUUUGCGACUCAACAAAUAGUUAAAGAAAGCGUGUAUCCGGAGGCGAGUUCAAAGUGUCACAGCUGAUCCUGGACACAGGUCACAUGGUGUUUUCUGUGUUGUCUAAGCUACCAUUGGAUAGGUGCACUUCCUUUUAACAUAGAUAUGAGUGAAGCUAAUUAUAGAAACAAACUCCUCAGGUACUGGCUCUUUCCCUAAUGUGAUCACUGUAAAUAUGGUUAUUGUACAGAUGAAUGUGAAUAGUCGCACUAUUAUUGUACAGGUGGGAUACUAUGUGUACACUGCCACCCAACAAGCCCCCGCCUUUCACUCUCCAAGGUGUGAUUCUGCAGUCAGCCCACAGCUUUUGUAUUGAUUUCUUUUUCUCAGUAAACAUGUACGCAGCUGCAGGAUGUAAAUAAUACCCCCAAAUCAGAGGUCAACUCACAAAUAAAAUGGUUCCUCCCUCGCAAA